AGGUAUCUGUAGCUUCUCAGAAGUGUAAGCGUGUCUCCCCAGCAAUAUAUUUGUCCGGUAUCAAAGAUGGCUUAUUUAACAAACAACCCCGCUGAUGAAAACAGGUACUUGUGUAUAUAUCCAGCUUAUAUUAACAGUAAAAAGACAUUAGCAGAGGGUCGAAGAAUACCAGUUGAGAAGGCUGUGGAAAACCCUUCCUGUGCUGAAAUCAAGGAUGUUCUAACUGCAGCAGGAAUGAAUGUCAGAUUUGAGAACAAACUGUAUCCAAGGGAAUGGAACAGAGAUGUACAGUUCAGAGGAAGAGUGCGAGUUCAAAUCAAACAAGAGGAUGGAAGUUUGUGUCAGGAGAAAUUUAUCUCUAAAAAAGAUGUUAUGUUCUAUGUGGCUGAGAUGAUUCCAAAGUUAAAGACAAGAACACAGAAAAGUGGAGGAAGUGACACAGGAGCGCAACAAGGAGAAGGAGGGAAGAAAGGAAAGAAGAAGAAGAAGUAGCUGUAUGCGCCUGAAAAUACUCUAUUCAUACAAACUUGAACAAUGAUCUUUACAGUUGUUUAGGAUUCUCUUGCAUGUCUUGUCAAUACAGAAAAGUACACCAGGCCUUAACAGUUCUGUUUGUCACUUGUUUGUGGACAUUAUCAAUUUUCAUCAUAAACAAAAUCCAAGCAGGAACAGAUUUUAAAACUCUACACUUCUGAUGUUUGUAUUGUUUUAGUUAUAUUACAGUAUCAAGCGUGUUUCAAAUGAAAGCAAAUAUUAAGCUUUUUGUUGAUGUAACAAUUGGAAACAGUUAAGCUGUGGUUGUCUGUCAGAAAUUAUAGGCUUUUAAUUGAAUAAUUCAAUGAAUAUUUGUCCUUUUCAGCAACAAAUAAAAACGAAAUGCAUCAGC